GCCUGAAGUCAGAGAGAAGAAUGCAGCUGUCCGAAGUCAUCCAUUUCUAAAGUAUUUACGGUUGCGUUGGUUGGCAUUUUACAUCCGUUCAUUUCUCUGGGCACUCACUUGGCCUCUCUGCUCUAAUCGAACAUCUUCUCAAUCCUCAUCUUCCUCAGCAAUCAUGAGUGAUGUCUUCGAAGGAUACGAGCGCCAGUACUGCGAACUCUCUGCAAAUCUCUCCCGUAAAUGCAACUCCACUUCUCUUCUUUCCGAUGGAGAGGAGAAGAAGGUGAAGAUCUCCGAGAUAAAAUCUGGACUGGAUGAUUGUGAUGUGUUGAUUCGGAAAAUGGACCUUGAGGCGAGAAGUCUACAGCCGAAUGUGAAGGCUAUGCUUCUUGCCAAAUUAAGGGAAUAUAAGUCUGAUCUGAAUAAGUUGAAGAGGGAGUUUAAGAGAAUAACGUCUGGUAAUGCUGAUCAGGCUGCCCGUGAAGAUUUGUUAGAGGCCGGAAUGGCCGAUGCAAACGCGGUUUCUGCAGAUCAGAGAGAGAGAUUGUCUAUGUCAGUAGAGAGACUAAACCAGUCUGGUGACAGGAUUAAGGAGAGUAGAAGAACAAUGCUGGAGACAGAAGAGCUUGGUGUUUCAAUUCUUGAAGAUUUGCAUCAGCAGCGCCAAACUCUCCUACAUGCUCAUAAUAAGCUUCAUGGAGUAGAUGAUGCCAUUGACAAAAGUAAGAAAGUCUUGUCAUCGAUGUCAAGAAGAAUAACCAGAAACAAGUGGAUUGUUGGCUCAGUGAUCGCUGCUCUUGUGCUCGCAAUUAUCUUUAUUAUCUCAUUCAAGGUUUCUCAUCACUAAAAAACACUUUGAAUUGUUUGGCAUGGAAACGGCAUGGACCGAAGUUUCCGUGUUCCAGAAACAUUUCCAACGUGCAAACGGUGUAAGACGACAGAGAAACAUAUCUAGGCUGUGUUCGAAAAUAGAGGAAGGUGGACACAAGAAACGCAUUUCUUGAAGGAAAAAAAAAAAAAAAAUGGCAGGGCCAAUGUCGUAGACGGAAGAAGACAGAAAGAAGAAGAAUAAGAAGGAAUGCACACGUAAAUGAAACUUUUAAGAAUUGUGACUGCUUUUUUUUUUCUAUAUUUAAUCACAUAUUUAAUAAAAAAAUAAUUUAUAAA